AUGGUUCGCGGCCAACUGCCAUCUCCGCCUCACUCAGACGGACAUCCCACUCCUGAACCUCACCGGGAAAGCUGCGGAAUCAUUCACCCAUUAUACGCACACGACGACAUACUAGGAGCCGGAAUGACCAUGGACCAUACACAGCAGGCUGUGGCUUUCGAAUCAUCAAAUCCCCCCCGGUAUCUUGCCAACAACGGUUAUUUACAACAGCCGAUGGCGGCCCAUAGCAUUCAAGUCAACACACCACCGUCUACCUCGGAUGAGUGCAUCGUCGCAGAGCGAACUUCAUCUGCAUGGCCUCAAAGAUCUGCCAAUCGAAAGGCAAAGAGCGGCAGAGGUAGCGGUGGUCGUAAGCCCAAAACACUGCAUGCUGGAGAUGGCCCUUCGUUACCCGGCCCGUUGAGCGAGUUGACCAAGCACCUGACCCAUGUUCCCAUCAGGGAUAUGGAAAGUUGGGUACAUCGACCCAUCGAGGUCCGUCGCCAGGAAGUCACCAAAAAGAAUGGGAAAGUUGCCAGACCUAUGAAUUCCUUUAUGCUCUACCGGUCAGCAUAUACCGAGAGAACCAAGAAGUGGCUGGGACAGAACAACCAUCAAGUAGUGUCCGUGGCUGUGGGCCACAGCUGGAAGAUGGAGCCACCAGAGAUUCGCAAUAAGUUUGAAGUCCUAGCGAACAUCGAAAAGAAGAACCAUGUCAAGGCGCACCCCGGAUACAGGUUCUCUCCAAAGAAGGACCAUCGAAGAGGUGAUGACCGUCGCAACAGUCGCCUGGACCAUACACCUGAUUCUAGUCCUGGCUUGGGGCAGACGCCCCGUACCAUGAGCACAUCAGAAAUGGAAAGCGGAUGGGGCAGUCGUGACUCAACCCCUAUAGGUUUUAUGGAGCAUGGCAUGCCCGCUGGUUACCUCAGCUCUUCCUGGCAAACAACCAACCCCGCCUCAGACCUCUGUCCCUGCACCGGGAGCCGGUGCCGAUGGUCAGCUAGAUCCACAGCUGCUCGGCUUCCAAGGCAACCCGAACAAUGGGGGAGGGGGUCAACCCUACGGCAAUACUCACUAUCAUCCCAUCUGGCAAGACUCGCAUGCAAGCAACAACUACGCUGCUGCCUCGUCGCUACCGCCGGCUACGGUACCCUAUGUAGCUGGCGCGGCUUUCACGCCGGGUAUGCAACCGAUGGUGGAUGGUCGCGAGGCAUGGGAGCCAGGCCAUGA